AUGAUGUCUAUGCAGCAGAAAUUCAGCGCCUGUCAUGGAGUUGGUGAACCUCUUGACUGUUCAGACUACUCUGUCUAUGGGGUAAAUCACUUGUCUUAUGUGUUUUUUUGUUUUGUUUUUUUGUUUUUUUCAGAUUCUGUUGAAAUUGCCACACCAAGGCGAAAUGUUCGCCCAAUAUCCAUAGAACUAAUAGAUCUGCGUAGCUACAAGAUUGGAGAUGAUGGAUCACUGGUAUUGAUCCAGCGUGAUGGCACCACCCACCCUGCCCUAGCUUUCCACUCGGGAUCAGUGGCCUUCUUUGUGGAGGUUCUCCACCGAUAUGUUGCUGUAAAAAACUCUGAAAAGGACCGCAACUUAUACCUGGUGAGUGACAAGCGACAAGCAGCCCUAGAUGAUGAGCUGUCAGCCAUGAACCUUGUGCCAGAUCGACGGGGUCCUGGAGGUGGCUGGGCUGGGGGAGGGGGUGGCCAUGCCCACUGGAGCAAUACACAACAGCGAGUCUGGGGCUUCUUCAACAACCUGAAGCGAGACCCAUACACCACCACCAUUAGCACCCUCUCCAAGUUUUAUGAUGCUGUUUUGUAUAAUGAUGUUGAAGGAAAUGUCAGGGAGAGUGACUGUGAAGAUGAUGUUGCUGAACUGUUUCACAGUUUAAAUGGCUUUGAGGAUCUGGAGCCAGGGUAUGAACUCCUGACAAAGAAGGGCACUCUAUCAGAGCGCCCCAGUGUGGACCGUCUGGCCCCAAUGACACAUGAUGAUUUCCAGCAGUUUGUGGAUGAUGAUGGCCGUGUCUUGGAAGUACAUCAGCUGAAACUGAGGAUAUUCAGAGGGGGUAUCCACCCCAAUUUGCGGCGUGAGCUUUGGUGCUAUCUGCUAGGCUACAGUGAGUGGAAUGGGACCUACAUUCAGCGUGAGGAGAAGAAAAGGGAGCGAGAGAACUAUUAUUUCACCAUGAAGCAGCAGUGGAAGACCGUCAGUGAGGACCAAGAGAACCGCUUUACAGGUUUCAAAGAAAGAAAGAGUCUCAUUGAGAAGGAUGUCAAUCGAACAGAUCGCAACCACCCUUUCUUUGAGGGUGAACACAAUCCCAAUGUCACGCUCCUUCAUGACAUCCUAAUGACAUAUGUGAUGUAUAAUUUUGAUUUGGGAUAUGUACAAGGCAUGAGUGACCUUCUUGCUCCUAUCCUCUAUGUGACGCAGCAUGAAGCCACAGCUUUCUGGUGCUUUGUUGGUUACAUGAACAUGGUGUACCGAAACUUUGACAUGGACCAGUCUGGCAUGAAGCAGCAGCUGAUGGAUGUCCACCAGAUUGUGCGAGUUGUAGAUCCGGAGCUCAUGUCCUAUCUUGAAGUGCGAGACUCAGCCAACUUUUACUUCUGCUUCAGGUGGCUCCUGGUUCGAUUUAAGAGGGAACUGAAUUAUGCCAAUACUCUAAGGUUGUGGGAGGUUUUAUGGACAGGCCAACCUUGUCCCAACUUCCACUUACUUGUUGCGGUUGCCCUGCUUGACACAGAGAGGAACACCAUCAUGGAGAACAAAUUUGGCUUCACUGAAAUCCUAAAGCACAUCAAUGACAUUUCAUUACGGAUAGACUUAGAAGCCACUCUCAAGAAGGCAGAGGCAAUAUACCGCCAGAUCGCAUCAUCUCCAAAUGUGCCAGACAGUGUACGAACUGUGCUUGGACUCCCAAAGCAGGAGAAACCUAAGGCAGCACAGCCACAGCAGACAACCAAAAAGGGUACUGAUACUGAAGCCCAACCAGAAAGUGACAUUAGUGGUGGCGAAGGAGCUGGAGGUACUGAUGGAGAUGGAGGUGGUGGUGGCCUGGUGAGUGUCGUGAGCAGCAUGAUUGGGUCAGCUGUACGACACCUGAGUGGGGAUGACCUGAGCAUUGUUACACUGGAUGGGGCUGCUGAACAUGAGCAGGAGAAGCAGUUUGAGGCAGCGCUCAGCCAUCAGUUCGUGUAGGGUAUUAAGGCUGCCAUAAAACAGUUUGGUAGAAAUAAAAGAGCUGUAGCAAAUGCAUUAUUUGAAUAUAUGUUUAUAUGUAAAUAUGAAGAUUUUCCAGUGAUAUGUUUUUCACAGUGGACUUUUUUUCUCAGACAAUUUUUUAUAUGUACUGUAUAGGGUAUUGUAAUUAUGAAAUUGACUGAUGUACUUUUGUGAUAAGAGAAACUACUGUGACAUAACAUUGAUUGUAUUCUUUUUGUGGUAAAAAGAAAGACAGGAUGAAUGAAAUUAUAGAGUAUAGAGUUUUAUUGGGAUUCAAGUGCAAUACAUAUCUCAUUAAGGAUGUACUUACUGAGGUAAGUCUCAUGCUCAUCAUAAGGAUUAUUGUAUAAAUUUCACUAAAUGUGCACAAGGGGAAAUUGAGUUACUUGCUUUAGAGGAUAGUUGAGGUACUCUUUCAUCACAUAGUUGGUUGCUCCCCAUUGAAAUGCUUCUUGAUAUUAUUUGCUAGAUAGGGGUAAUUUACAGUGCACUUAGGUUAUCUGUCAAGACAGACUCCUUGGAUUGUUAUUUGAAUUCAUUGGGAAAUGUAUUGUAAUAUUAAAACAGUGGAUGAAACAAAAAGUUGAAGUGAAAAUGAAUUUGCAUGUUCCAUAAACUUUAUAUAGUGGGUCAUAUAUUUUUUUUUUCUUUUUUACUAUUCAGAUUUUUUAAAGAAUAAAAGUAGCUGUAUUAUAGUUUUUUGUGGGGGAGGAGUUAAAUUACAGUUAAAUUACUUGAUGCUAGUCAAAUAGCGGUGAAAUAGGCCACGCUGCCACCCGCUCCUUGUAGGUCUCACUACACCAUGCAGUCGCAGUCUUUUGCAUAAAACGCUUUAUGGUGAGAAUAAAGGGGAAGCAAAAAUUUUCCGAAAGGAAGUAUUAAUGAUCUAAAAGUGAAUGUGAACAAUAUAGAAUUCAAUAGUUUAGAAUACAAUACAUACUUUCUCUGUUCUACCUUAUUGAUAUACAUUUCCUAUGUUCUUCAGAAAUACCACAAAUCAUUCAUCCUUGUCUCCUCUCUGUUGCUGAAGAAAGCACAUUUUGGCAUCUAGUCAUGAUGUUCAAUUGCUUGUGUGUGUACCCAACCCUGGAUCCACCAUAAUUCUAUUGGUAGUUCAACAAAGAAUGUCAGUAUCCUUUAGCAUUUAAUUUCUUUUAUGUAGACCAUUUAUCACUUUAUUCCUUGAGUCAAUAUAGUGAAAGAAAUCUUUCACCAGGAUCUUGAUAGAUUGCUUUGACAGAAACCACAGGAAGUCGGUGGCUUUGUGCCUUAGUAAACUGCAUUUUCGACUAGCACAGAUCCCUUUGGAUGGCAAGAGAAUAUAGGUCUACCAGCAAAGGAUCACUGACUAAGCUAUGGCUUUGUGGUUUUUCUAUGAGAGGGAUUUUUUGCAGCAAAAGUGGUGUUAACUGAGAGAGCCAUUUCUCAUAUUUUAUUUUUAUUUGGUUUAGAAAAUAUAUGUUACACUUGGUUGAUCAUAUACAAUUAAGAGAGGAUACAUUGCUUAUGAGAUAAUGAAUAUGCUAAGACUCCUAUUCCUUUCCACCAGGGUUCUUUGGUAUAGAUCAACACAAAGUGGCUUAGAUCUUAACCCUGAAUCUAACAUUUUCAACAGCUUUCUGAAAUUCCUGUAGCUCCAGCAUUUCAUUAUUGCAUGUUGGAAUUGAUAUGCAGAAUUACCAAAUGAAGGAUGUUCCAAAUGUAAAGAAAGAUUUUGGCUCUUUGAUAUUCAGGAUCUUAGCAUAUAAGUAAUAGUAUAUCUAAUAUCAUACUAGCUAUUGUUAUUUUUUAUUCAUUGUGCGCUUGUAGUCUGAUUAUUUGCUGAAUAUCACAUUACAGAGGAAUUUUUCUUUAUUGCAUAUUAUCCAAUUAAUUUUCUAAGCUCCUCUCUUUAUCAGUGUUGUAUUAAUAUUUUUUCUAGUUUGUUAUCUAUAAAAAAUGGGUGAAACUGUCUCUGCCACCCUAUUCUGUGCCAUGUUCAGUAUAAGGUUCAAUUAUGCUAAUGCAUCUUCAACCAAUAAUCUUUUUGCUGAGUAAUUUUUAGCCGACAAAAUCUCAGGAAUCUUCCAAUUUUGAAAUUAUUCUGUUUUAAUGCAAAUUGAACUUGUAACUUAGAUUUCAUUAAGAAAAGUAAUUUUAUUCCCUUUUAAUUUCAAAAAAUAUAUUUUGAGGGAUGAUAUUGAUCUAAAGUGUGAUUAAUGCUGUAAUAAGUGGUAAUGUUGGUAUUGAUGAUAUACUGACUGAGAUACUUAUAGAGCUGACAGCUGUAAUUAUUUUCUCCCAAAUUGCAUAUAUUUAUAAAAUGUCAGACAAAGAGAGUGAGGUGGAGUGAGUGAUAGAUGGUGUUUGAUUGCACUUAUUUUCAUCAAAUUAUUCCAAUUUUGUAUACCUACUUUGGGAUACAGUGUUUUAGGUAUCAGAAAAAUAUUUCUUGCAUCCUUUUUCCUUGUGGUAAAAGUUAAGUAUCAUCUCUUUAUGUGCAAAAAUGAAUACAGAUCAUAUAAGGUGCUAUUUUAUGAUUGACUGUAGUAGGUGAGGAUGCAAAAGUUCUAAUCUCCCAAUGAUUUUAAAGCAAAGAAUAUAUAAAAUUUAUUCUACCAGAUAAAGAUGUUAUGAUAAUUUUUAACUUUAUCAAUCUUGGAAAUUAUGAAUAUUUCUUUUUAAUUGGUAUGUAAACUGACUGCAUUUUGCUCUCUUACAUUACUCCUUUUUGUAAUAGUUAUAUAUUUUGAAAUGAUAAGGUUAGUGUUUUUAUCAUAUAUUUUUCUUUGUCCACAAUUUCUAGCUUUUUUGACAACAGCUUUCAGAUGUUCAUUUGUAUAGGAAUAACCAAUGUUGCUUUCCAUAAGUGCUCAGUGAUAUCUGCUCGUUUAAAUUUGAACUUUCAGUAGUAGUGCUAAUGGAAGUCAGAAGCCACUGCUUUUAGAACACUUUUGCUUUAGUGAUAAGUCAGUAUUUAGUAUCAUUAUUGUAGGUAUAAAUUUAGGAAAGUUGUUGAUUUUCUGUGUUUCUUGUAUUUUUUGUACUUUACUGUGAUAGGUUUUAUUUCCUUUUGUAUACUGUAAAGACUGGUUGCUUUUCUUUAAAACAUCUAUACUAUUUUAGAGAAGAUUCAGACUGGCUUGUCACCGAUAAAAGGCCAAGGCAAAAAAUUAGCACGGUGAUUUUUACUACGAAUAUGCUUUGAAAUCAUACACUUCCCCUGUGUGAUAUGCCAUUUCUGUAUUUUCUUAAUAACCUUUAUAGCAGUUUUGAACAUUCCUUCUUUUAGCAAAUGUGCAUACAAUUAUUUGAAAAUGUCAAUAGAUUUAUUUUACAAUAUC